AUGGAUUCCGACAAACACAGCGAGGAGGACGUCGAUGACAGGAGUGAGCCUCUGUCUCCCAGCGAGGUGCUCACCGCGUUGGUGGAUGCUCCAGAUGUCGUCGUUGCGGAGCAGCACAUCAAUCGCACUCUCAACGGAACCGAGGGGCCCUUCGACCUCGCCGAUGUUCCCGACGCCAUCAGCGCUGAGUCCAACAUUCAGCAGAGCGACAUCUACAACACCAUGUUCCAAGGCAACGACCCGAUGGACAAGCUUACCGACUGGGAGCACCUCCCGCAAAAGAACCUUCGUCUGUCGGACCUGCGCAGGAUCUACGAAACAGGGAACGCCGAACGUGCGAUGAGCCUCCUGAGCAAACGCAUCAACCUGACGAUCGACGACCACUAUACCAUCGACGCUCGCAGCGAGGACCUCCUGUGGAACAUCAGUCAGCAUGCUUUGGACUUCUUCGCAGCGUCGUCGCUUUACCCCGGGCUCGACGCUGGCAUUCCGAACGUGCUCAUCGACCACAAUUGGAUGGGUAAGAUUGAUCUGCUGAAGACGUUCUUCGCGUUCAAGGCGAAGUACUUCGACCCUGGCUUCAACUUGCACGGCCGGAUGCUGUAUAUCGGACGCGUCGGUACGCAGGAUCUGUGGCUUGCGUUGCGUCCCCGAGAGCACUUCGAGGUCGAUCCGACUGUCGAGGACGAGAGGCUCGAGGCGCUGGAGCGCAAAUACGGGAAGAACGGCCUGGACACGCGCCUUCUUCCGCAUCACGCGGAGAUCAUGAUCCUAUUCCUCUGCAAAAUGCUGUCGCUCAUCAACACCAAGGACAUCACCGUUUCGAGGGACUACGGCGACAGCAACGCCCGCAGAGACCCCACAAGCUACACGCAAGGGCGUGUACGAACGCUUAACGUCGCGCUCGCACGCGACAACAUGCAGGCGACGGAGGAGUUGAACUGGCUUCGCGACCGCGACUACACCAAGAUUCGGGCCCCCCUGUACCUAUCCCAUAACCCCCGUGACCGCGCGCUCGUGACCGACCUUGACAACCUUCCUCUUCGCGACGACGAGGGACGCGAGAUCAGAGUUUACGACUCGCGAGGCAUGCGUGUCCCUCGCUUCCAGGUCGCUGACCCUCAGCGGUUGAAGAAGUGCGACGUCAAGAUGAACCUUCGCACGGCGAACGACAUGUUCCAGCCUGCGUACGGCGACACCCUCCGCAUGGAGGACUACGAUGUACGUAGACGCGGUAACAGGCGGAGACGUGGUGCGCCCCGUCGUGGUGGUGACGACGACGACGACGACGACGACGACGACGACGACGACGACGACAACCCGUUUGCACCAGCCGAUGUCGACUCGGACGACGAGGAGAAUGAUCGUCGCCGAUGGCAGGACGUCGAGGGCAUCUUUCGUGGAGCCGGGGCCAGUGCGCCUGUCGUGUCGGUGUAUCCCCAGGCGUUCAUUCGCCACAUUGGUAACAUCCAGGCCACCGCGACUCCGACAUCGCUCGAUCCCUUCGUCGACGCGAUCAAUCGCAAGGCCCGCCUGGACCUCAGUCGCAGUCACCUCGAACAGGACGAUGUCGCGCCCGGCCCUGCCUCGCCGGCCCUGCCAGUCGGAGCUCAAGCAUUGAUAUCGAAUCGCGGCGGCGACGACGAUGACGACACCGACUUUUCGGAACACAACCCAACCACCGUCGCUAUUCAGCCCAUCUCCUUCCAAGCAUACGGUCUUAUCUCGCAUCGCGUUCGCCCGAGUGCCGGACAGCAUGAGACUACGCACGGUAUCUGUGGUAUGGCGCUCGCUGGAGCGUACGCAGCCAAGGGCCCGACUCGUCGCGUGUUUCAAAACAUCUACAACAAGGUCGCCAACGGCAUGCCGCACGACCGCUACAAUAGCAGGAUCCUUGAGGCCAACGCUCCUCGCGCGCUGCGAUUUGAGUCGGUGUACCAAGUUGACAUGCAUGCGUUUGCGGAGUCGAAGCGAAACGGACGCGACCUCUAUCGCGACAUCCUCUACGUCCUCGCGACUGCGGUGAAGCACCCGUCCGUCUUUGAAGAGCUGCAGUCUCACCUCGUCGUAUUCAAGGGAGAGGUCUCACCUGCGUACACGGCGUGGACGACGUAUGGGGUGACUUCAAUCAUCGAGAAGAUUUGGGAUAUGAACAAGGAGAAGGUGGAGGCAGUCAUCGCAGACAUGGAGGGCAUUCAUCUCGACAGUGACCUUCCCUCCCCGGCUGACGUCGAGAUCAUGGCGCUCUGGGAGCGUAUUCUCGCCUACGCUCACACCGGAAACGCGAAGGUUCUUGUCCCUGCGCUGAUGCGUCGGGCACAAAUACUGCGGGCUCUGCUCUCGAACGGCCUCCCGACUGUCGAUCAGGGCGUCAUGAAGAUCAUCCCAAACCGUGGGGCUCCGGUAGUCAUCCAACCGAGGCACUGGCCGAUGAAGGCCGGAACCCUGGAGCCUGCGAACGCGUCGCGCAGGGCCCAGAUAUUGACAUACGGUGAACCGCACUUUAACAUGGUAUUCACCCGUCUCCGCAUCGCGCUGGCAUCGUUUCACCUCGCCGACAAUCGGUACACGACGCUCACUGGUCCGAUGCGACACGCGGUCAUCAUCGCGGAGAUCUUCUUCCGGCUGUAUCUGGACGACGUCAAGCAGAUGGUCGUCCGUGCGUCGACGCUUGGUGGCGGUCUCGACGACAUCACGGAGGAGGAGCAUCGGACGCGCCUGAAGGCGCUCGACAAAUGGAAAGCGUCGCCCAUGCCUCUGACGUACAAGACGGCGACGAUAUCUGCGCUACUCCUCCGGGCGAUCACCGACGACGCCUCUCGUAUCGGCGACGGACUCCCUAACCCGACAAACCAGCAGAUGAGCCUCCGCGAGUUUGUCGUUGGUCUUUAUCGCAUGGGCAAGCCGACGAACCCCGACAAACUGGCAUCUCCGAUGACCUCUGGGGAUCUGCCAAUGAUCGCGCAUGCUCCGCGGGAGUGGUCCGAAGACACGACGAGCUCCGCGCUGAAGCGGACGCGCCAGGAGGAGCUCGAGACCUGGGUGUGCAAGGCCCUCGCACGUGCAAUCGAAGAGCUGCAGAUACACUUUGUCCCCGCGAAGACUGCCGGAGCAGCAGGGCGACCGAGCCGCUGGGCUUCUGCAUAUUCGUGGGAGUCGCUGGGCAAGCCUGACGGCGGUAACGAGCGGUUCAAGGCCACCGACGUCACUAUAGGCCUCUCUACCGCGCAGAAGAACAACCGGUCUGCUUUGGAGGCUACGCAACUACGGCGACUUCCUAACCGGGAGAUCCUCCCCGACGAGUUCAACAUCUCGGAGUCUAUUCUUACCUUCAGCACUGACCCGGAGGACGAUUAUGUGUCGAAACAUAUCGCUGGCAACCCUAUCCACCGCCUUGCGCUCUUUGCCGGCUUCAUGGUGUCGAAGAUCCUUCCCAAGGUGUUCCACGACCUCGGUGAGGAUGCGGCUGUCAUGACCGGGAUGUCGGCCGCCGACACGAUGCGUAUCCUGCGGAACUUGACCUGGGUCGCGAAGGACGGAAAGUCGGCCGAUGGGGCGGGCGGCAGGAUGUCCGCGCGGAGAGGAACGUCGGACGGGCCUCGGUACCUUGUUCAGUUUGUGGUGACUAUGCUCGGCCUCAUCGAACGCGACGCGCCCCUCCGCAAGCGCAUCGACCAGUACGGUCUCUCGGCACGCCCUGGACCAAGAAGCACGCUUCGACGGCGGUCGGAAGGCGUUCAAGAGCGCACGAUACCUCCAGGACUGGCGCUUUCACGACAACGCGACGUUGAUCAAGAUGUGGGACACGUACAAGAAGCUGCUCGUUACCUACCCCUACGGACCUUCGACGUCGCUAUGAACAUGGUCGGGGCGAAGAUGGCCCUCGAGCUUGCGGGGGAGGGGAAGAAGCUCUGCACGGCUCGUCCGGGCGUCGCCGCUGAGAUGAAGAUCGGCUACGACACCGUCCCUGGUGAGGACGACGAGGAGUUCGACUGGGGAAACGGCCCCCGAAUUAUUUCAGCGGGGAGUACGGAAGCGACGGCACCAGGACGCGUUCGCGGACGAUGGAUUUGA